AUGAUACUUCAAUUAUUAAUAAUUGUAUCCGGUUUCAAUCCCAGCCUGGCCGCAUACGGAUUAAAAGGAUGGUGCGACCGAGAGUCGUCCUACUGUUUGUUCUGGGAGCUGGCAAUGGAUACGAACAUCACGACAUUGAAGGAAGCCCAGGAAAAAUGCAAUAGUCAUUUUCCGUACAGCGUUCCACUAGAGCUGCACAACGAAGCGAGAAGAGAUGGAAUUGCUAGAUUCAUGGAAGAAACUGAAUGGCGUCGGGAGUUUAAAGUCAUUCUGAACGCCAAGCAGUAUGGGGAUGACUGGGCGUGGAUUAACGGGACGAACUACGUUGAAGAUGUCAUACAGCUAAACAUGUCCACUUGUAGACCAGUAAAGAAAAAACUCUUGUAUCUGAGUGGUGGCAAGAUUUACGAAUCAAACGACGCUGGCGACACCUACGUUUUGCUCUGCGUCGUCGAAAGUUGGGCGCUAUAA